CUUUUUCGAUCUCUUUUGAUAUGUUCUCGCUCUUCGGAUAUUUUCUCGCUCCAAGCGCCCCCGAUGGUGGUUCAAUUUUAGAGAGAGAGAGAGAGUGAAAGACAUGGAGACCGGUCUCCUUUCUAGAGUUCAAGGGCUCACAUGGCUCGCUCCACCUACUUCCUUCAACCUUCCUUCCCGUCGUCUUCUUCCUCCUCGAUCCUUGCGCACCUCUUGCUACAAAAUGUUCGUUCCAGGAUUUGGGGAGGUUUCACCAGAAGCGAAGGCGGCAGGGAGCCUUCACAAUUUUUUCAACUUCUUGGCUGUGAAGAUCGUUUUGGCGCAGUUGCAGAGUUACAAUCCAGAGGCCUAUGAAGAAUUAAUGGACUUCAUUUCCAGAAACUCUUUGAAUGAUGGGGAUAAGUUUUGUUCAAAUCUGAUGCGAGAAUCUCCAAGGCAUAGAACUUUAGCCCUACGCAUCUUAGAGGUCCGUUCAGCAUAUCCCAAGAGGGAUUUUGAGUGGGAUAACUUGAAGCGCCUUGCUUUCGAGAUGGUUGAUGAAUCUAACACAAGACUUAUGAGGGAGUAUGUUCAGGAGACCAGUUUCGUGGAAGAGGAGAAAUAAUCCAUCCUUCGUGUCUACAUAUAUGCCUGUUUUUGUUCCUUCAAGGCUUCAAGCAUCCACUUCUCAUUGGCCCAUACAGGUACCUAAUCUCUCUCUCUCUCUCUCUCUCUCUUCCCUAAGUCCCGGUCUCUUCCCUAAGUCCCGGUAGCUAAGCCCUAAUUUUGGCUUCCUAAAUGGUACGCUAAUUAUGGGAUUCUCUUCCUCUCAACUGUGUGGUUGUGCCUGUGUUUUGUUUUUUUCACUACUGAAAUUUUUUUCCAUCACUAAAAUCUCUAUCUGUAUCUCUCUCUUGACAUUGUGCCCUAAUAGUGGGUUUCCCCGCAAUGUGACCUAAUUUUGAGUUUUUCCGCACCGUGCCCAAAACUUUGGGUUUUCUCUAAAUUGUUUUUUUAUCACUGAAAAAUGCUUUAAAUUGAUGUCCUUAAUCUACUUGUAUGGCAUGCAUGUAGUUCUAUUUAGUUUGUACAUGUUGUGCUCUCACGAGUCAUGAUGAAGAAUUAUCAAAUAUUUUUUCAUUGCCACUGUUGGCAUUAAUAAUGGAUAUUCACAUAUAUAUCA